UCGUCGCCUCGUCGUCGCCGUGCCGCCUCGCCAUCGCCGCUGCCACCUCGUCGUCGACAAGUCUGAACCCAGGUUAGAUCGCCGCCGCGUCUCGUGACCACGCCGUCGCCGUGUCCCCCUAGUGCUACCGCCGUCGCCGUCGAUGCUUGUCCUGCUAUGGAACCCAUCUGUUUAGGGAAUGAGGAUUUUGCAGGUUGGUGCAGCCAAUUUUGAGGCAAAACUCCAGCCUCAUCUACUUUGGACCCUUGAUCAGGAACCCAACGCGCGAACCCAUCGCCGGAGAGCAGCUGCUGCCGCUGCCGCCGCUUAUCCUCACCGUCGCCGUGGACUUCAUAAUUUCGGAAAAGCGCCUAAAAAGCUUUCAGAUAUGUCUCGAAUCUGCGUGAAGAAUCUCCCAAAGUAUGCCAAUGAAGAUCGUAUCAGAGAUUUCUUCUCUCGUAAAGGAGAGAUUACUGAUGCCAAGCUCAUGAGAACAAAAGAUGGGAAGAGCAGGCAAUUUGCUUUCGUAGGGUUUCGGACAGAGCAGGAGGCUGAAGAGGCUUUGAAGUUCUACAAUAAUUCUUAUAUGGAUACUUGCAGGCUUACAUGUGAGGUUGCUCGUAAAGUUGGUGAUCCUAAUAUUCCUCGCCCAUGGAGUCGAUAUUCUGCCAAGGAAGAGAACUCCUCAAAUCAAAGCAAGAAAAACUUGGUUGGGGAUAAAUCUCAAAACUUGCAAAAAGGCCUCCCUCUUUCCAAGAAUGAGGCAAAAAACUCCCAGAACAGUGAGAAUAAUGAUCCUCAACUUCAAGAGUUUCUACAAGUUAUGCAGCCACGUGCAAAAUCAAAGAUUUGGGCGGAUGAUACUUUAAGGACUGCUCAACUUGACAAAGGUGGCAAAGCUAAUGAGGAAGGACGCCUUUCCAAGAGUAAGAAAAAGCAAAGCAUUAAUGAAAAUGAAUUUCCUCAGGAAACUUCAUCAAGUCCUGCACUUAAAGGAUGCUCUGAAACUAAUCUAAUAAAACAAGCAGAUGAAACUGUUCGUGAUGAUGACAUUUCUGACAUGGAUUAUUUUAAAAGUCGGGUUAAGAAGGAGUGGUCAGAUUCUGAAACUGAUGACGAGGGGCUUGCUGGUACAAAGAGCCAGGACACUGAGCUUGAAUCUGAAGCUAACCCUUCUAAAAUGGAGGAAGCUCAGACUCAUGGAGGAAUUAAUCAUGAUGAGGAGGACAAGAACGAAAAUCCUAAUGAGAAUCCUAUGACGCUUACUAGAGAUGACAAGAAUGAUUUUGAUACCGGUCGUCUAUUUAUCCGCAAUCUUCCGUACACCGCAAAUGAAGAUGAGUUGCUCGAGCUCUUUAGCCAGUUUGGUGAUGUUUCACAAGUCCACCUUGUAGUCGACAAGGAUACAAAACGAUCUAAAGGCAUAGGAUAUGUGCUUUUCAAGCUUCCUGAAUGCGCAGUCAGGGCAAUGGAAGAAUUAGACAACUCAAUAUUCCAGGGAAGAUUGCUGCAUAUUAUGCCGGCGAAGCCACAAAAACUGUCUACUGAGAAACUAGAGUCUGAUAUUGGCCAAGAUAAGAAAAGUUUUAAACAACGACGGGAGGACCAAAGGAAAGCAUCUGAAGCUAGUGGUGAUACGCGCGCUUGGAAUAGUUUCUUCAUACGUCCAGACACUGUUGUUGAAUACAUUACUAGGAAACAUGGCAUCAGUAAAAGUGAUUUGCUUGAAAGAGAAGCAGAUGAUCUUGCAGUUCGAAUUGCACUUGGGGAAACACAAGUGGUAGCAGAGACCAAAAGGUCCUUAUCUAGUGCAGGUAUUAAUGUAGCUGUCUUAGAAGAGUUUGCUUCUAAGAAGAACGACAACAUCAAAAGAAGCAACCACAUAAUACUAGUUAAGAACUUGCCUUAUGGUUCAAGUGAGGGAGACCUUGCUAAUAUGUUUGGAAAAUUUGGAACUAUAGAGAAGAUCGUUCUUCCCCCAACAAAAGCAUUGGCCUUGGUGAUUUUUCUUGAAGCAGCUGAAGCUCGAUCAGCUUUUAAGGGCUUGUGUCCUUACAUGCAUGCUCCCUUGUACCUGGAGUGGGCCCCUGGCGACAUACUAGCUCCUAACCAGAAAUCAGAACAAGAUGAACCGAGCGAUACAGUUUAUGAACAAAGCAGUAAGAAUGUCUCACUUGAGCAGACCUUGGAAGGCAUACUGGAAGAGGAUAUUGAUCCAGACAGGGUUGAGUCAAGGUCUGUCUUUGUCAAGAACUUGAAUUUCAAGACAUCUGAUGAGUCCCUGAAAAAGCACUUCAACAAUAACAUAAAGAGCGGAAGCAUAAAAAGCGCCAUGGUAAAAAAGCAUGUUAAAAAUGGAAAGAAUGUCUCCAUGGGUUUUGGGUUUAUUGAAUUCGAUUCAAUUGAGACAGCAACAAACAUAUGCAAGGAUUUGCAGGGAACUGUUCUUGAUGGGCAUGCUCUCAACUUACAACUUAGCCGUUCUAAGAGAGAAGGUCAGGUUCCAAAGAAAAAAGAUAAAGAUCUUAGUUCGACCAAACUACUUGUAAGAAAUGUGGCAUUCGAGGCAACUGAGAAAGAUCUGAGGCAAUUAUUUAGUCCUUUUGGCCAGGUCAAGAGCUUAAGAUUGCCAAUGAAGUUCGGUGGCCAUAGAGGUUUUGCAUUCGUGGAGUUCGUCACAAAGCAAGAGGCUCAGAAUGCUUUCCAAGCUCUUUCAAGCACUCAUCUCUAUGGCCGUCACCUGGUUCUAGAGCGAGCUAAAGAGGGAGAAAGUUUGGAAGAAUUGCGAGCGAGAACUGCUGCCCAAUUUGUAGAUGAGCAAAAUGGAUUCCAGAAGCUGUCGAAGAAAAGAAAAUUGAGUAUAUUUGAUGAAAGCGAUGUCAAAUCUGCAAGGAUAUAGGAAUAUUUUUCUCUUCUUUUGGCGGUGAUAUAAUUUUUUGUUUUCGGUGCAAAAAUGCAAUUUCAAUCGUAAUAUUAUGCUGUGUAAUUUUUUUAUUAUACCUUUGUUCCCUCUGAGGAGCAUAGCAAAUUUGUAGUGUUGCGAUCGUCAACUUCAUAUUAUGUAGUUUCCUGUGUAUUUCCCUCGAAGCAAUUUUGUAACGUUAUUUCUUAAUCAAAUUUUUUU